AUGGCAACUGAAACGCUGACCCAGUCUCCUCGUUCGCAAAGGUUCGAGUCCCAUGUGGCUUUUGACAACAUCCCCCUCGGCGACCCUACACCAUACAAUCCUAUCUCCUUCACCCUCAAUGUUCGACAUGCAGGCUUUCAAUUCAGACGCCGCCACCGUAUCUUUAUGGUCGGUGUCGAUGAUAACUCGUAUUCAGAUCACGCCCUCCAAUGGCUUCUAGAUGAGCUAGUCGACGACGGCGACGAGAUAGUGUGCGUCAGGGUGAUCGAAACGCAAAUUCGCUUAACCGAUAAGACAUACCAAGAGGAUGCCAAAAAUUUGAUGGAAUCGAUUCAAGCUAAAAAUACCCAGAACCGUGCUAUUAGUUUAGUUUUGGAAUAUGCUGUUGGGAAAUUGCAUAACACGUUCCAACAUCUAAUCAAAAUAUAUCAGCCGUCCAUGUUGAUUGUCGGGACCAAAGGACGUAGUAUGGAUGGCGUCCAAGGUUUCCUAGUGAACCGUAGUUCAUUCUCCAAGUAUUGCCUCCAAUACUCCCCGGUUCCCGUUGUUGUGGUACGCCCUACUGAGAAGCGGGAGAAAAAGAAGGCCAAGCGAGCUGGCGAUCCCUCUCGGCAGGGCUAUAUCCAUAUACUGGGAGGUCAGAAGCAUGAAGCCGAUAUGGACAACAGCAGUGUAUACGAAAUUGAACCCCACCUUACCGCCGACGAGGAAGCACAUCGUGUGGCCGUUGCUGUCGGGCUUCCCGCUGCCUAUGACCCUACAAUCAAACCCCUUGAACCCUCGACUUUGUUUAGGAGAUCUAGCCGACAGCCGCCCAAGACUCGCGCAAAGGGUUCGUUGUCCGUGGAAAAGAAGCCCGGUGAAGAGUCUGAGUCGGAAGAAGAUGAAGAAUUCGAAGUUACUUCAGGUGCCGAUCUGCUAAAGAAGCAGAAACUCCUAAAGAUGGAAUCGCAUGAGGGCGCUGCGCUCCGCGCCGAGACCAGUAAAAGUAGCACCGGGUCUCUCGAUAGUGACGAAGAAGCCCCAGGGGGCGGAGGUGCAAAGACGUGA